AUGGCAUGCAUCUUCGGGCCAGACAGAAUCUCAUCUGACGAUGUGAGCCCAAACACGCCGGGCACGCCCUCGGAUCUCAUUUUCAUCGAGGAUAAGGGACGAAGGUCGCCUACGAGGCAUUCGGACCUCUCGACGUUCGAACGCGUCCUCUCCACGCAUCCGCCAAUCUUCGAAUCAUUCCUCCUGCAGACACCGACCGAGUCGAUCCUCCAGCUUUACCACACCUCCUCAUAUCUCAGAUCCUUCCUCAAAUCAUAUCCGACAGCAUGGCAGUAUCUGUCAUUUCGUCUUCUUUUACCCUCCAACACGCAGGUUCGCCCGCUGGUCGGAGCAACAGACUCGCAGGGAAACCAGCGUCAAUCCCGGCCUUACGCACUCGACCAGCUACUCCUCCACGUCAUCGUGCCCUUCAGUCCGUCACUUCGCAGCUUAGAUUUGGAUAACACCGCCGUAUCGGGUCAGAAUCUCAUUUCCAUCGUCCUUAGCGCGCGUAGAGAUACGCUUGAGCACAUCUCGGUCCGGGGAUGCAAAAACGUAUCUCUAAAGUAUCAUAUCAUUCCUUACUUGACCAUGUUUGGACUACAGUAUGAUGCAGACACCGCAAACCCCCUCGGACCCUCCUCAAAAGUCAAACGGCUUGCAAUCAAAAGCCUCUACACAUACCGCUGCCGUCACCAUAGAAGGCGUCCUUACUUGACUUCGUCACUCCUCAGGAGGGACUCCGACUCCGAACCGACCCACGAACUAGUCAGUCUUUGCCAUAAGCUUGGUAUAUGGACGGAUACUGCGUGGUGUACUACUCCAGCGGGACGCUGUUUACGGAGGCGCGGCUACGUGUCCAUGAGAGUACCGCAGGGCAGCCCCGAAGUAUGGGUUGUAUUCGACCGGCUGUGGAGGUCAAAGAAUUGGAUUGGUGCGUCAGCAGACAGCGGAGAGCCUCCUAAACGAGAUGGGCGUCUAUGGGAGCACGACGAGACCGGCCAUUCCGGUGAGCCAUUAGGAACUACCGGGAAUCGGAAACAAGGCGAGGGCAAGACCGUCCCAACGCACCUUCGCAGCAGUCACAAACGAUUCGUGGACGAUAUAAAGUGUGAUGCGUGUCUCGAACCGAUACAUGAAAGAUGCGAGCAAUGUAGUGUUCUGAUGCAUUGCGUUGGAUGCCGCAAGACGCUCUGCUACAGCUGUGCAUACGAUACGCCUUACCCACGGAGGAAGACAAUGUCUGCUAAUGACUCUACGGAGGCCUUUUGGUGGGCUCCAGGGGCUACGAUAUCCCCCUGUGCUAUGCAGGAACCUUUCCAACAUCAGGCGGUAGCUAAUGCCGCCAAUGCGAAUAAUAACCCAAAUGGAAUGCCCAAUCCUCCCACUUACCCAAAUCUGAAACUACAUUGGUGUUGUACUGAACCCAUGUUUACUGGUGGCGGUGGGAUAACCCUUGGAGUAGCUGGUCGUGAGGUCGACCGAGUACGCGCUGCUCCACUCCCCCGUGGCCAGGGAUGGGAGGAUCCUGAGUACUCCUCAAAUGAAUGGAGUAAAAACUUUCCUAAAUAUGCUUAUGGGGACCCGAAAAAGCCCGACUAUACUCUUGCUGAAGGCCACACUGAGAUGAUGCGCUGGCUUCUUGGCCCAUCAAGCUGUCAGGUCUCAAGUUGUCCUCGCAAUCUGUGCCAGGACUGCUUUGAUUCGCCCCAGUGGAAAGUACAUUGCAAGAGUUGCUCAAAACCCCUAUGCAUGGAACAUGACCUACGGGGAUUGCGCCUUCGAAUAUGUGGUUAUCGGGAUCUUCUAUUAGAGAAACUUGCUAUAGGGGACGGUCGGUCGCCUAGUACUUCCCCCUCUACAUCCGUUGCCUCUCCUGUGAGGCCCGCAUUAUCGACGUCUGCUUCAUUUGCACCCCUCAGAUUGGCCCCCCCUGAACAAUCACGGCCCGGAGCUUCUAGCAGCAAUCCUCUACCGAAUGAAACAAAUUCUUCGAUUCCCGCUACAGCAAUGAAAGCCGCAGACAGUCAGGGAACCGAUCCGACCUCUUCCUCCACCUCUAACAACCAUACCCGCUCUUCCACUCCUGCAUCAGUGUACUUCGAGGCUGCACCACAGUCUCGGAAAUGGCUUGGCUGUCAGUCGUUCUUCUGCCCUCAAUUCCGUGCUGCUGGGGACCACCGUCAACGUUGUACAAGCGUGCUAAGUGAGUGCACCUCUUGCUCCGUCCACGUUUGUCAAGAUUGCGUUGACGAAAACCCACCAUGCACUUGUUCUUAUUGCGACUUGAAUUAUCUUUGUCCCAACUGUUACGUGGCGAAGGAACAAGACGGCACAUGUCGUCGCCUUGAAGAGGAGCGAGCAAGACGAGAUGAGAAGCAAAAGCGUGACCUAGAGAUGUUCGAGGUGGCUCUAGAACGUAACCUGGCCAAUGAAGUAGCCGGGUUUGCUGGACAAUUCUUUAACGGACUCUUUAACGACGGCGAAACUAGCCAUCCUGUUAUAGAAGAGCCAACCGAUACUAUGGAAGAAGCCGCCCCUUCCUUGACUCAGCUGGAUGGGACCACCAACGGUCAUCCGCAGGGCCAUCAAGGUGAUUCUGCGCACGCUGCCGUCUACGACGACGACGAAAACGGUCCGGCAGGUAGUGGAUCGGAACAUACAGAAAUCCUAGGUGACGAUGCUUAA